AAAGCGACGGGGUCACGGGGUCAUCCCGCGGAAGAUGGCGGCGGCGGCGGCGGGGACGCUGACCUUCGGUCGCUUUCUGAGCCGCAGCCUCGGGGCCUCCCGGGGCCUUCCUGUGGCCGCCAGGUGUUUUGGGGUGAAGAUAUCGCCCUCGGGGGAGAAAAUUACCCACACGGGCCAGGUUUAUGAUGGAGAAGAUUACAGGAGGAUUCGCUUUGUUGGUCGCCAGAAAGAGGUAAAUGAAAACUUUGCAAUUGAUUUGAUAGCAGAGCAACCAGUGAGUCAAGUGGAAAGUCGAGUAAUAUCAUGUGAUGGUGGAGGAGGAGCGCUGGGUCAUCCAAAAGUAUAUAUAAACUUGGACAAAGAGACUAAAACUGGGACAUGUGGGUAUUGUGGACUUCAGUUUAAACAACAACACCACCACCACUGAAACCAGUUAUAUUCUUUGGGCCUUGUAUAAUUAUCUGCAUGUAAGGAUUUUU